AUGUCGACAUACGGGACUACGCGACACCACCAUUCACCGGCGGCCCAGGUAUUCUCUGCGCGUGAAAGGGUCACAGACUACCACACCACUCUAUUUCGAAGGCUCAUCUGGGACGGUACUGUUCCUCUUGAAAUCCGUGUUGAUACCAAGGAACUACCUGCCAACUCGGAUAGAGGUCUCGAGUCGUAUUUUAUCCAGGCUCCCCGCGCGAGCUAUCUGCCGCUCUUGAUGCCAGAAAUUCGUCGAUUUUUCACUGACCUUGUUUUCGAUGAAACGUCGGCGAAAGACCUAAAGGAUGAUGAUUGGUGGUUUGACACGCCAGAUGGGACAUUACUCAAGUGGCAUUGGCCCAUCGGCCUCAUAUAUGACAAUUAUACCAUCUCCACAUCUGUAAAGAAUCCGACCUUCCUUCCGUCUUCGACAGUAUCUCCGUUGCGUUUGAUGCUGCACCUUGCCUCUCCCCCUCAGGAUAAGCUGCUUCUAUCGCCCAGUGUAGAAGCAUGCAAGCAGGCUUUUAUGGGUCAAUUGAAGGAGGCCGACUUCAUACGAUGGGGAAAUACCAAACGAAUUACGGGCCUCAGAAAACAGGACCAGGAUGGCAUCUGGGAAGGAAUAAAAGAACAUAAUUUUGAUGACUUCUGGCGCAUUGCGUCAAAAGUGACCCCGACUUCAGCACCUAAUCGUACACAGUCACCAGGGCCGCCAUCAUCGGCGGCAUCGAUGCAUGCCCGUCCCCCAUCUGCGGAACCUUCGGGCUCAUCGGACCGUGAAGGCGCGUACAACGUGAGAAGUGUGCCUGUUAGGUUGUAUCUUCCUGAUGGUCCCGUUAUACAAGACCUGGUCCCCCCCCUUCUGGAAGACGGUACCCCGCACACUUUGUCUCGUUAUUUGUCAAUGCAUGUGCCAUUGCUUUUCCCUCCACGACCACCAGCGCCUCCUCCCUCACGGACGAAUCCCAAUCCUCAGCCUCCUCUUGUACCACAGUUAGCAUAUGCAUUAAUUCAGGGUGUAGUCACUCCCCUUGAAUCUGAAAUGGCGUGGCUCGGCGCCUGCAUGGCAGGCGCUGAUGGUUGGGUGAAUGUAUGUGUCGGUAUUAAUAAUGGCUGAUUGUAAAAUAUAGUAUACAUAUACCCAUCCUAAUUCACAGCAAGGUAAAAUUACACAUCAAAUUUGACAACCUGCUCACCACCUCCUCUCUCAAUCUUUACCAACCUCUUGGCUACACAUCCGUAAAGCACCCGAGUCGUUCCUUGCCCAGCAACCAGAGCUGCACUUCCUCCAGUACUGGCCUUGACGGCCAACGAUUCUUUCAGCUUGUUGAGAGGCAUUGAAAAUUUGGGUGGGCAUGAUAAGAGUGUUAGUAGCAAAUGAGCAGUGAGAAUUUGGUGGGGAGUUGGCUGUGAUGGUGCUGCAUUA